AGAAAAAUGAAGCGCAUGAGAAGACCAGCAGAGGGAACUGAGAAGAAUGAAAAAUCACAAAGAAUCAAGCCAUCAAUUUACAGAGAGAAGUUUUACAAAACCUACAGCUGAAAAGCAGGAAGGAAGAUUCAGACAGAGGAGGAGAGGAGUACCCAGAAGCAGCAGCAGCAGCUCUCUCUGCAAUCAGCAGCCACAUCACCACCAGGAUCACUCACUUCAGCUACUCAGUUUAGCUAUGAGAACCUUUUCUAGGCACGCUAGUAUCACGAAGCUUCCCAGUAGCACCAACUCCAACCACCAGCAGCAGCACAACACCUCCACUUUCUCCAAUCAGCAGAAUCAGCGGCAACUCCAGCUCCAGCCGCACCGCAGCACCAGGACGAAGAUGAAGCUCGGCCGCCGCCCACUAAACCACAGCUCCACGCGCCGCCACGCCCGCGCACCUCCGCGGCCGCGCAGGAGCAGCCCACGCCGCUGUACGCAGCACCAUGCCUCCACUGCACUCAGCAGCACCACUACCACACAGCCUCUGCCCUGGCGCACCUGCCAGCAAGCUCACCACCAGCCGCACGCUGCCCCUCCAGAGGACUUCCCAGGACGCCCCCUUCCCGUCGGGCCCCGCCUCCGGCGACUACACUCAGUUUCCUACUCAUUUAGUUGUGCAGGUAGAAGGUUCUGA